GUAAAAUUUGUGAGUGCGCUUUUUCAAGACUCCUGUCGUGGAUUUGAAACGUCCGARCGGGGAUGGACGUGGAGGACAUCCUGGAGUUCCGGGUCCCGGUGGAGAACAACAAGUCCSUGUUCGUGUGGGACAUUCAGCCGGUUCUGACGGAGGCUCAGAUCCAUGAGCAGCUGUUUGCAGUCUUCUCAUCCUUCGGACCUCUCUACCUGUUGAAGGUGUGUCCUAACGCUCCGCUCCACACACCUGGGUUUUACGCCCUCGUGAAGUUCUACUCUGCGGCUCACGCCUCCGCGGCUCAGAGACUCACUGACGGACGCUCGCUGUUCCAGAGCUCCGCCCUCAAGGUGAAGAUGAGCUCAAAGCAGACCCCUCACUUCAUGUCUGUCAGAAACACACCUCUGAGCCACGCCCGCUGCCUGGAUCUGGCCAAUCACUGCCUGGGCUUCAAUGGCUGGAGCUCUGACAUCAUCACGCUGAAGGAGCUCACCAGCCAGGAGGAAGGUGAGGAAGAUGAGGAUGAGGUGGGAGGAGUCGGACAGAAGAGGCUAAAGUUCGGUUGUUUGAUGCAGCUCACCUUCCCCCGACACGGACUGAAGACCAGAGGAGCAGCUGUGCUGGAGGAGAGCUUCACCUGCUCAGGUCCAGAUGUUGUCCUGCAGAGACGCUGUAAGCUGCAGAGGUUGGUCAGAGAGCGAGCUCUGGUCCAGGCCUUCUCCACAGUUCUGCUCAUUCUGCUGGAAUCUGCCUCCACUUCCUGUGGAGAGGUCCUGGACAGCUGUGGUUCUGAUCCGAGGUCUUUCUCUGCAGUUAACGGUAAAGUGAUGGUGGAGCUGAAACAGACCUCAGAUCAGUUUGAAGCUGAGGAGACUGAAGGUGUCCUGCAGGUGAACCAGUUUUGCUGCCCGGAGCCUCCGGUUGAUGAAGAUGAAGAGUGGAAUCUGACGGUCUCGUAGAACCAGGUCGUGGUGUUGGGUCGGRUUCUGGUGUCGGAUCAAAGAACUGAUCUGUGAGCAGCUCAAACUGAGGCAGCUCUCUGAUUGGCUGAGAACAGAUUCAGUCUGUAGGUAAAGUUUGGGUCAGAAGUUCUGGAACACAUCUCCACAGAUGGACUGAAGGAAAAAAACUGUUUUAUUUAAAUUAAUUAUUUUUGUAUUUUAUCUGAGAAAUAAAUAUUUUAUUAAUGUUC